GUGUUUUACUUCUAGGCAUGCGCAGUGCCGAGAGAGCGCUCUGACUGACCACGUAGCCCGUCUCAGCUGCGGUACAGAUAGCUGCAAUACACGAAUUCACGGCCUCUCUACAGUAGCAACGGGCCGCUGAAAAAUGGCGAGAUACCUGAGGCCUCCGAAUACAUCUCUUUUUGUCAGAAACAUCGCCGACGAGUCCAGGCCAGAGGAUUUACGGCGUGAGUUUGGUCGUUAUGGGCCUAUUGUAGAUGUCUACAUUCCACUUGACUUCUAUACACGACGACCAAGAGGAUUUGCUUACAUUCAGUUUGAAGAUGUCCGGGAUGCAGAAGAUGCUCUUCACAACCUGGAUCGUAAAUGGGUUUGCGGGCGCCAGAUUGAGAUCCAGUUUGCACAGGGAGACCGCAAGACCCCUAAUCAGAUGAAGGCCAAGGAGCGCCACUCCCCUCGCAGUUUCUCUCGCUAUGAGGAUGAUCGGGAUACCCGCAGAAGACGAUCACGGAGUCGCAGUUAUGAUCGCCGCAGGUCCCGGAGCCCUUCUUUUGACCGUCGCCCUCGGAGGUCUGAGAGCCCUAGAGACUCUCGAUCCUACAGCCGACACAGAAGAAGCAGAAGCCAUGAAAAUAACAAGCACAAAGCUCCUCCCAGUGACCACCACAGAACGCACCAUGAAACGGCCUCACACUCCACCUCCCGCUCCCCAUCAGCGUCCAGGUCAAGACCAAAAGGUAAAAAGAGCCAGUCCAGGUCUCACAGCCCUGCCGAAGACUUCCACCCAUCCCAGAAACAGUCUGUCAGGAGAUCCCCAUCACGCUCCUACUCUAGAUCCAUGUCCCGGUCACGCUCUCGCUCCAGGUCCUGGGCUGGACGCAAGUCUGGAGGCCACUGACAGACUGUUCUCCAAAGCCCUGUUUAUGUUUCUCUAGAGGUUUCUGUUUAAUGUUCACCUCUAGCCAUUUUGGACAUGCAUUACUUCACAUUGUUGGCUUCAUUAAUCUGGUUAAUGAUUAAUUAACUGGUUAAUAAUGUUCUGUUACGUUCCUCCCAGGUUUCUUUGUUUUUUGUUUUUGUUUUGUUUUUUCCCCCAGACGUACAAGCAGCAGUGACAGGAGAACCACAGUAUGUGUGCACAAGAUUUUUUGCUUUUGUAGCUACAAGCAUUAUCAGUAUUGACUCUAGCGUGUAUAACAUUUGGUUCCCUGCUCUUGCUGCUGAGAACUGCACCAAUUCCCUCCCACACAGAGAGAAGGCUACCUUCUGGAUUGGGAAAGUUCGUAACAGAAGAAUACCUUAAAGUUGUAAAUUUUAAAAAAAAAAUGAUUGGAUAUAAGCUACUACUGUAGUGAGCUAUGGAACUCAUGCAGAGCAAUGAUUUUGUGCGUCACUAUCUAUCAAUGUAACUGCAUGCACUCAAAGUUGAAUGCUUCAAGGUCCAACUGUGUUAAGAACUGCUGUUGUGACCUUUAUGAAGAGACCAGGGUGCAAGUAGACAUGUUAAAAGGUUGUAUUUAUAGAAAGGUGUGCAUGUGUGAAAGGAGUCUUGUGCUUCCUGCUUUCAUUUCUUAUUUGAAUACGGAGGAAUCUCUUGCCAAAGGUAAAUAAACAAUUUUGUUAUGUUUGUAAGAAAAGCACAUUUGGCUCCUGCUUUUUUUUUUCUUUUUUUUGUGUACAUGUGUUAAAUUAAACUGAAGGCCUGCUUUGCCAGUAUUCACAACAUGCCCUGGUCUGGUUUAAUUUCAGCAGGCCAACUUGUAUACUAUAGUUAUUGUAAUUGCUGUGACAAUGAAAGAUAUGCUGAUACAGCUGGUACCCAUAGAGUCAUUUUGUUAUGUAAUAAUAUACUAAAGAUAAGAAUCAAUUGUUUUUCGUGUCCCUAAGUAACUCCCUUGUUUAAACUGUUAUACCUGAUAUCUUUUGACAAUAAAUACAUUCUUACACUGCUCUAGUUGAA